GUAAUGGGUCUUCAUCUUCUCCUCUUCCCUUGAAACGAAUCGAGACCCAUGAUUGCGUGGUUGCCAAGUUGGUCCAUGUCACAAGCACAGCGCGACAGGGGAGCUGUUUCCCGCCUACCGUAGACCGGAACCUACCACGAUCCUGCAGCGCCUGUCGAGCGUCGUCUCGCUCCACUCUGACUUCACCACAUCAGGCCUUAUCUCCCCUGCACCUUGUUGGACGGCAUCACCACAGAACAAAUAAACUCAACGCCCGGUGCAGACAAACAGCUUGUGAUUUUACAGCACCUCUCCGAGCAGCUCUACAGUAUCGGCAUUUCUCAUGUUCAGCCAUCCGUCUUAAUACAUUCAGGUAUUGACAAGCCGGUCGAUGCUGGAAGCGUCCCUCGAGGGGGUCCGAAGAGACGUACAGCGGACGACGCGGACAAUACUCUAGACGACCUCGUUUUCGGCUUUCACUCUCGAUAGCGAACCUCAAGUGCCCCGAGCCCGCCGAGCCGGCACUUUUUUAAUCCGGAUAGACCUGCAAGUAUCUUCGAUAGCUCCUUUGGUCGGAUAGCCCUAUAACCUACACAUUCGCCAUGUCAAGCCCAUACAACCGCGGGGGCAGUGGCCCUGGUCAAGGGUCAAGUCCAGGCUUUCCUGCAGACCAUCCUCUACAUUUUGGCAGUCCAAUGCGGCCUGGGCCAUUCUCAUCCGGAAGCGGACUACCAGGACCAGGACCUAGAGCUCUGCCACCGCUCAGUGGUUUCGCGCAUCUCUACCCCCCAGCCAUCCCAGACGGUGGCAGCACGGCAUCGGGUCCCAAUAUCAUGGGUGGUCAGUACGGAGGCGGUGCGUUCAUCCGAAAUAACCAGUCCGACUGGUCACCAAUGGAAUCUCACGGCGCCUCAGCCAUGGAGCGGCGAUCUUUGAUGUCGUCCUCCCCGCGACCUAAUGCGGCCUCUAUCGGAACCGCAUCUGGGAGUAGUAGAUAUUGGGAGGCCAGGAACCCACAGCUACAACCGCACUCGCGUGCAUACGAGCAUCUAUACCGGCCCGCGCUUUACGAUGGUCUUGGACCGCAAGCCCAGGUUGAAGCGGCGAGACAUUUCACGCCCUCAUAUCUUCGGGGUUCCACAUACGCAAAGAGGUUGGAUGAGACACACAAGGCCAAGCUGGCAGCCCUGAAGGAAGGCUCCAGCAAUGCGGUCAUGUCCAAGCAUGCUGGCGGUCCCGUGCCAGGCACCACCAACGGCAGUAUAUUGAGACCAGGCGGCAGGGGUGGACCUGGAGUUACCGGUUUCGGUCCCGGUGCGCCGGGGGAUCCCAGCGUAUACCACGGCGAUCAAGUUAACAAGAGCAGACCACCUUCGCACCUUGGCAUUGCAUACAACGUCACCGAGAGGCCUUCGGUAGCGCCCGAAGAAACAGAUGGCAUAAAUCCCUUACCCACAGAAUGGAAUGGCAAUGACAAAUACGGCAACCUUGAGGUCGUGGCGGACGGUUGUGAAGUCAAACUCUCAGGUCCCAGAGUGUCUCCAGAUCGAGAACGUGACCAUGAGGCAUUUGUUAUCAGAGCAGAUCACUACAUGCCACCAGAGUGUGGUAUCUACUAUUAUGAAGUGACAAUAUUAGCCAGCAAGAGGGAGGAGUGCACGAUAGCAGUGGGCUUUUCCGGAAAGCACGUAUCAAUGGCCAGAGCACCAGGAUGGGAACCAGAGUCUUGGGGUUACCACGGAGACGAUGGCCGGUCCUUCGCAACGUCAAACGUGGGUAAGGACUAUGGCCCCAAAUAUGGCAUCGGAGAUGUCAUUGGCUGCGGAGUCAAUUUCAGAACAGGAACUGCCUUCUUUACCAAAAACGGUCAAAAUCUCGGGACCGCGUUCCGCGAGAUCAAGGGCAAGCUGUACCCCGUCGUGGGUCUCAGGAAGAUAGGCGAUCACGUCAGGACAAACUUUGGGCAAGCGCCAUUUGUCUUUGCGAUCGAUGUGUUGAUGGAAAGUGAAAGGAGGAGGAUAAGAGAGGAAAUCGAGCUUGCCAAACCGGCAGAAAUUUCAGGCAUGGCAGAGACCGAGUUCAUUCAGCAGUUGGUUAUACAGUUUUUACAGCAUGACGGGUAUAUCGAGAGUGCGCGCGCAUUCAACCAAGAGACACGCGCUGAAAAGAACGCACUUGCACUCAAGUCUGAAGACACUGUUGAGAUUACGGAUAUUGCGGAUGAUGAAGACGCAAUAAACCGUCAACGCAUACGAAAGGCGAUAUUAGAGGGUGAUAUUGACCAAGCCUUGAAGUACACAAAAAAAUAUUACCCUCAGGUGCUCGCAGAGAACGAGAAUGUGUACUUCCGCUUGAGGUGCCGAAAGUUUAUUGAAAUGGUUUUGAAAGAGGCCACGCAAACACUCGAGGCCGAGAAAAGAUACAGCAACGGCAGCAGCAACGGCGUUUCUGAUCACCAGGAUAUGGACAUGGAUGAUGGGGCUGCCCUAGGAACUGAGGACGAAGACAUGGACGGUGAAGACGGUACCGACAAUGCCAGCGGCGUUCCAAAGACUGUCGCAUAUGGCCAACAACUGCAGGCGGAGUUCAAGGAUGAUCCGAGGCGGGAGGUCAAGAAGACGCUAGAGGAGAUUUUUGCCUUGGUGGCAUACAAAGACCCAUUGCAGUCUAAGGAAAUGGCGCACUUGCUUGACAAGAAGGGCAGGGUCGCAGUCGCUGAGGAGUUGAACUCGGCCAUUCUGUUAUCUCUGGGCAAGCAUGAGCGCGCGGCUCUUGAAACCCUGUGGGCUCAAACGACAGUACUCCUAGAAGACAUUAGGGAAGACGGCGGACCAGGCGCAUUCGUGGCGAUAUCGGACUAUACCGACCAGAUUCCAGCGAACCCUUAGUUUGGGGUCUUCAAAAGGGCAAGGUGAUACACAUAAUUCGGGAGAUUCGGGGUAUCAAAGGCAGGACUAAACUAAGAUGUCCCCCUGUCUUGUUUUCCCCUCUGGUUCUCGGGGCGGGGUUCCAGGCGGCAUAGUAGUUUGUCACGAUGAUGGCUUCCACUAGUGCAACUUGUACUGUACACUGCAUUUGAUAAUGAGGGUUGACUUCGUGCAAGUAUUUUGGCUUGUUUUCCGUCCCUUUUUUCGACUUCCAUUUUUAUAUCCACGUUUAUUGGGUACCAGGCAAAGUAGGCGGGACAAUAGAAACAUAUCCCUCAAUAUGGAAAGGGCUC